GCCUCCAUAUUGCCAUGGCGUGGGCAUAGAGUGCUGUCGCUCAACCACACCUGGCGCCAGCAUAUGCAGCUCUCCGGCAAGACAUGACGAGGGCGCACAUGGGCGCAGACGAGCAGGGCUGGCGAUAGUGGCAUGGGAGCAAUCAGCCAGCACGCCCGCCCAAUCCAGCAACAUAGCCGUUGCACAGACCGCCCCUCCAUUUCAGUCUUCAGCCCUGUGGGAAAUGCACGCCCCUUUAUUCCAGAACGCACACGCACACGCACACGCACUCGCCGUCGAAACCGCCCUGGACUAAUUUCCCUCGAGCGCCCACAAGCAGGUCUUGUUUGCAAUGCCGCCCAACAAGGGAGGCCCGUGGAAUGGCCCUCAGAUUGCCAUUGUGUCAGGUUCCCCGUGAUGCGAGGGUCUUUGUCGGCCCAACUGCACAGCCUCAACGCCUUUAUGCGCCGGUUGGCCCCUGUAACUGCUUGCGAUUCGCUCCGCUCCUCUCACGCGCUGCUCACGCCUCUUGGCGCCCGUUCUACCCUUCUAGUUCCGCCUUGGCACCCAAACCCCGCUCUGCCCGUCAAACACCAACGCCAGCGCAUACCUCGACUGCCAUCCCCCGAUUGCCGUCUGAAAAUCCUCUUGGCUACCUGCCUUCUCACCCGCAGCGAGGCAUUUGUCGACCUAUGGCCUGUACUGGCCGACACCUGUCCACCCCUUCCAACGCCCUCCAAGGCAGCAAUCGCUCCCGACACUGUGGUAACAACACCCUCCAAGCUUGACCUUUCGUACCACGCUAUCGGGGCCUUCUGUGCCAGCCUUCCCUGUGAUGCGUCUCCAUACCUGAGCCAGCAAACCACCUACAGUAGAGUACCUCUGCCACACCAUGGUGGUGGUAGUAGUGUGUGUGUGUGUGUGUGGCCUGACUUCUGCCUGGGGUGCUCAUCAAACAUGAUCCCCGAGUCUCUGAUGGUGACAUGGCGAGAUCAACAUGCCACGGUCUCCGAUACUCCCUCGCUGUAACUUGCCAACUCUCCGCCAACUCUCCAUACACAUCAAGCAUGAUUAAGAAUGACACCAUCCGCACAAGAAAAGCUUGGCAGAUCCUACACACACACACACACACACACACACACACACACACACACACACACACACAC